UUUUAUCUUUUGAUUUUAAAUAAAACAAAAAAAUUUCGUUAUUUCGGUUAUUUUAUUUUGAUUAACGUUAAAUUUUUUAUAUUUUUUUUUUUGAAAAAUUUUCGCGUUUUUAACGUUUGUUUUAGAUUUGUUUCUUUUCAAUUCGUAAAUAUUUUUGAUUUUAUCCGUUCAAUUAUUAUAAAUUAUAUACCUGUAGCUAAGAUUAAGUGUUAUGCUUAUAAUAUGUAAAUAAAUAAUAUUUACUUCAGUCAUUAACAGUUAACAUAAUCGAAAGAUAGUAAUUUUAGUAUUUCGGAUGGCAUACAAAUAACGUUAAAAUAAAUAUUAAAUAAAAUCAAGUUGAAAAAAAAUAACCAAAUAGCAAAGUAUAAUCAUAAUACGAAUAAAAAAAGAAUAAAGAAAGAAGACUUGAAGAAGAAACACCAAAAGUCUUAACUGUCAUAAAAAAGUUCUAGAUUAAUUUUCCGUUUGGAAACCAAAAAAUAAGAAAAUAAUAAAAGUUAAUAUUUUAUUUAAAAAGUUUAUAUACGCUUCCUAUAUAUAUAUAUAUAUAUACAUGUACAUAUAAAAUAACCACCAUAUUUGGAAUAUUAUAAUUUUUUUUUAAAUAAAUAUUGUGCUCUAUAAAAAAAAUUUAAAUAUAAAAACAAAUAAUAAUAAAUAAAUUAAAAAAAAAAUAAACAAAAAAUAAGUAAAUCAAAAUGGCGUCACAAGGUAGCGACAGUUCAACGACAACAACAACAACAACGCAAACUACAUCAAGGCUGGCUCAAAUGAAAAUGAGAUUUCAGCAAAAACAACAAUUGGAACGUGAACAACGACGAGUGGAAAUGACAUCAAGUAAAUUGGCAAUGGAAGAAGCAACGACAACAGAAACGAUAUCAACAGCAUCCUCUACAAAAGCCGUGAAUUCGAAUAUUGCUCCUGGAAAGGUACGACAAAUGUUCGAUGAAAGACGUCGUGGUACUGGAAUUGAUAAAAGUUAUCCAUUGAAACCAUUAUCGAAUAGUAAUAAUCAACGUUCAACAUCCGGUAGCAGUGGUAAUAGCAGUAGCGGUAGUGGUUUUAUUACAAAAAAAACAACAACGACAAUAAAUUCAACGAAUCGUAAUGGAAAUUUAGUUACAAAUAAAAUAUCAUCAUCGUCAACAGCAGCAACGAAAUCAUUACGUAAACAAGUAAUACCUAAUUCUAGUCAACAACAACAAUCUGUUAAUUCAACUAAUCUAAAGAAAACUCCUAUAAAUGGUCGCUUAAAUGCAUCAUUAAUUAAUGAAAGAAAUAUUACAACAAUACGUAAUAAUAACAGUAAUAAUAAUAAUAAUAAUAAUAGUGGAAACGAUUAUCCUGAUGACAUUGAUUAUAAUUAUAAUGAAAAUAAUAAUAAUAAUAAUGAUAAUAAUUAUAAUAAUGAUGAUGAUCAUGAUGAAGAGAAUGAUUAUAUUAAUAAUGAAAAUGUUUCUGCUAUUGAAGGAACUAUAAUGAAUGAAUCAAAUAAUAAAAAACAACAAAUUAAUAAUGGAAAAAACUUUCAAAAUGAAAAUCAUAAUAAUAAUAAUAAUUUGGAUGACGAAACUUUUCCUGACGAAAUGAAUUUUGACAAUGAAAAUAUCAACAGAAAACUACCGAAUAUUGGAAAGUUAAGUAUUGAUGAACAAAACAAUAAUUCUGAAGGAAAUUUAAAAACAACAAAUAAUAUUAAAUUGAAGCCAGUAAUUACACGCAAAACAUUACCACAAUCUUCAGCUAACUCUUUAAAGAAGAACAGUGCACAAUUAAAUUCAUCUGAAAAUGUAACAAGGAGAACUCAAUCUAAUACUCCUGAGAAAUCUUUAAGAAAUGUGCCGAAAAAUAAUACAAAAGUUUUGAGUUCAAAAGCGGAAAUAAUUAAAACAAAUGAAACAGCCAAACCAUCAUUUGGACCACCACCACCUGGGAUGGCAGCAUGCAAAAUAUGUGGACGUCAUUUUAAUUCAGAUCGUGUUGAAAAACAUGAAGAAAUAUGUUUAAAAGCAUCUAAUAAAAAACGAAAAAUUUUUGAUUCAACAAAACAUAGAGUUAAAGGAACUGAAGCAGAAGUAUACUUAAGACGUAUUGCUAAAGGUCAAAUUAAAUCAGAUUCAAUAUUAAAAACUCCUGUAACAUCAACAAUUGUAAAAUCAGGUCCAACUAAAUCUAUCAAUUCUAAUUCUGAUUCUAAAAAAAGUAAUUGGAGAAAAAAACAUGAAGAAUUUAUUGCUGCUAUUAGAGCUGCCAAAGAAGUUCAAAAACAUUUAGCAAAAGGUGGUAAACUAUCAGAUUUACCACCACCACCACCAUCUGAAAAUCCUGAUUAUAUACAAUGUCCACAUUGUUCACGUCGUUUUAAUGAAGCAGCAGCUAAUCGCCAUAUACCCAAAUGUGCUAAUAUGCUACAUAAUAAACCAAAACCUAAACCUGUUAAAAAGCGAUACUAACCCUGCUUAAAAAUAUUUAUUUAUAAAGGAUUCUUUAUAUACUUAAAUUUUUACACGCAAACUAUGUCGCGACUUAAAUCAAUGAAAUAAAAUCUAAAAAUAUAAUACGUACGUACAUAAUAUAAAAAUAUGUACACAUAAUUUUUUUUCAGGUUCUUUACUUAACAUUCCCGUAGUUUUGAACAUAAUUUUAUUUAAAAAAAAAAGUUCCAUUUUAUUUCAACAUUGAUGAAAAUUAAAUGUAAUAAAAAUAUUGAUACUAACCAUUUUUUUUAUAAAGUUACUAAAU